AUGCUUAAUCCACAAGAGGCCUUAUGUCAUGUCGCUUCUCGACCUUCGUUUGUCACCAAGACGCCUCCCAACAUUGAUUCCAAUACCGUCAUCGUUGCGGUCGCGUCUCCAGAUCUGGACACAGGCAUCCAGAGCCGUGAUGGGUGGUUUCUGUCAGACUUUUAUGCCUUUAACUACCUGUUCAAAGGCUUGGGGCAUUCUCAAACUUGGUUGACAGCAGCAGAUCCGGAGCGUCUGCUUGAGACCUAUGGAAACUACUUGCAUGGGAACCCGUAUCAAGAACAAAAGGUGGUUCUCAGCUCUUCGCUACUCCAGAACGGGGAGAUCACACCACCCGUGGUCGUUGAGCCUCAAGGCAUGAUUGACCGUUUCUUGAACGAGGUUGAACGCGCUUCGGUGGAAGCAGCAAAGAACGACCGUCCGUUGCUUAUCAUGGUCUUCUGUCAUGGGCUCGUUGACCAUAGGUUCCUUCUGGAUGCGUCUGAUGACGCGAGAGGGCUCAAAGCAAAUCGACUGAGAGAAGCGAUUGCAGAUGGGUGCCGCGCGACCAUCCUGACAUCGGCAUGCUAUGCUGAGGGGUGGAUUGUCAAAGACCUGAAGGGCAACAACCAACAUCCACCGAGUGCCACGCCAGGGGAACAGUCUGAAUCGUGGGUGCUAUCUCCCAGCGCCAGUAAGCUCGCUUACGGAUCAGUCUUUGCCAGUUCGGUGAUUGCGACUCUGAAAUCCAAGGGAAGCCCUCUCUUUGCUGCUGAGGAUGAUGGGGAGGAGAAUGAGGAGAAAAAAGCUAGCGAUGGGAAAGAAGUCGAGACGUUUCAGCCCGACCGGCCUAACGAGAUCCAAAAGGAGACAUAUAGAAGCUUCCGUCGGUCCGUCCUCGAUGCUUGCAAGGGUAAACUACAUCGAAUGGCGUAUGACCAAGGAUUCUGUUUUAGUGCCCUGAACGACCAGUGGUCCUGGCCCUGGAUCAAGCGCACAGGUACGCCGUUGGCACAGUUCCAGUCACGCUGGGAUGCACUCGAAACUGUCAAGUUUUCUGGAGAUGAGGCACAGAGGCUGUUUGGUGAUCCGGAUGACAGCAACGACUGGGCCCCGCCAAGCCAGACUAGUGACACUGAGGUGCAAAAGAGAAUGGAGGAACUCUUUUAUCAACAACGCGUCCCCCCUCUGGCCAAACUUCUCCUCGAGACUUGUCCUGGAGAUUGGAGCAAGGGCUGGGGUAAUCGGGACCGCGGUUAUCUGGAACAACUCGCCACUGGCGUUGUGAUCCCAAGAGAGGAAAGCGCUUAUAGCAAUGCGGAUCCCAUGGAAUUCAUACGCUAUCGUUUGGAGACCGCCGCGAUGGCAGACCGCAUAGUCAGCCUUUUCCAACUCCCCGUGCCGUUUGGCGAAUCUUGCAGUAUGUGCGACAUCGACCGCUUCUAUGCAAGGGCGGGGAAAGAGUCGGAGGGUUACUCCAGGCGUUACUCCAUAGUCUGGUCAUGCCUCGCAAAGGAUUUGUUCCCGGUGCCUGGCAACAUUCAAGGCCAUCAGUUCGCCAGGCCUUUUCGCUAUAUUGUCGCGGCAGCAUCCAUGAUGCCGUUGAGUGACGAAAAAAUAGAAUCUCUCGCAGAUGAGAUCCUCGAGUACACUGGUAGGCUCCGCAAAGGUGUGGAAGAAGGCGUCGCCACAAACGAGGAGGUUGUCCGCCAGAGCCGACGUUGGAUUGCAUCAAUCGGUCGAAAGGCCCGUCAUUAG